GAAAGCACGCAAGCUGGUGGCGGGAGAGGGGGGAGCUGUGCUGCUGCUGGUUGUCUGUUUUGUCCUGCCAAAGGUUAUUAAAACUGAAAUUCAAGUUCCGAGAAGAGAAGCCCACAGAUGGAGAAGUCAGAGUCAGACCCAGUUACCUCUCAGCCAGUGAGUGCAGAGGAACCAACAGUGCAACCAGUCCAGACUGAUCAAGGAAGACAGAUUGGUGACAAAGGGGUCCGGCCAGACUCAUCCAAACCUAUGCAGAGCGAUGACUCAGUCAAUCAGCCCAAAUGCCUACAGCCUGGAAAAAAGAGGGUUCAGAUGGACUCAUCAAUACCAGAUCAUCUUUCAAUGAAGAGUGAAGGCUCAAUGAUUCAGCCAAUAGUUUUCAGUCAAGGAGAACAGUUGAAACAGGUUCAGAGGGAUUCAUCACCAAACCAUCUUUCAAUUAAGAGUGAAGGCUCAAUGAUUCAACCAAUAGUUUUCAGUCAAGCAGAACAGUCUAAACAGGUUCAUAUGGACUCAUCAACACCAGACCAUCUUUCAAUGAAGAGCGAAGGUUCAAUGAUUCAGCCAAUAGUUUUCAGUCAAGGAGAAAACUCUAAAGAUACAAAGUACCAACCAGAGCUCAAGACCGCAUACUCUAGUGCUGCUGGAGUUAUGGAACCUUGUGACAUGGAGCUAAGUCUCUGCCAAGAACAUUGCAGAGAUUUGGCUAUGUUCUGCAUAAGUGAUAAGAAUCCUAUUUGUAAGGAGUGUGCAGUGAAGGAUCACAGAGAGCAUGAAAAACAGUACUUAAAGAUUCCAACUGUACCAGACACUUUAACCACUCUGCAGAACAUGCUGGGCAGCAUGAGUACCUCUGAGUUUCGAGAGUUCAAAAGAAAUUUAUGUCAUGAAUACCCAGAAUGUUUUGAGACACUGGACAGUUGACAGGAGACAAUUCUAGUGCUCAAUAUGUUGCUGAAUGAGGAGCUUCUCUGAAGAUCAGGUUUUGAAAGUCACCAUUCAGUUGGCAUCAGUCAGAAAAAUGCUCAAAUGUCAAGAAAAGAUCAAGGAAAAGCUAAGAAUGAGAUUUAGACACAUUCGUGAAGGACUUGCACUACAGAAGACACAUGUUGUUUUGCAUGACAUCUACACAGAGCUCUAUAUCACUGAGGGCGGUAGUGAUGCUGUCCAAAGUGAACAUGAAGUGAGACUGAUUGAGAAAGCCGCUAAGAAUUUCAGCAAACAGGAAACUCCAGUGAAGUUGACAGAUAUUUUUAAAUCACCAUCUGAACCAGGAGACUACAUUAGAAUGGUUUUAACGAAAGGAAUUGCUGGCAUUGGAAAAACAGUGUCUGUUCAAAAGUUCAUCCUUGACUGGGCAGAAAAUGAGGCAAAUCAAGACAUUGACCUCAUACUCCCUCUCUUCUUCCGUGAUCUGAACCAUGAGAAGAAAGACUGCAGUCUCAUGGAGCUUCUGCAGGCAUAUUUUUUUGAGCUCAAAGACAUUGAAAGCAUUGAAAAUGGCAUUAAAGUUUUGCUUGUUUUGGAUGGACUGGAUGAAUGUCGACUCUCCUUAGACUUUGAUAAUACUAGGAACUGUUCUGAUAUAAUGGAGCCAGCAUCAGUGGAGGUGCUUCUGACAAACCUAAUAAGGGGAAAUCUACUACCCCGUGCUCUUCUCUGGAUUACUUCUCGUCCUGCUGCAACCAAUCAGAUUCCCUCUCAUUGUGUCCAACGAGUGACCAAAGUCAGAGGGUUCAGUGAUCUACAGAAAGAAGGGUACUUUCACAAGAAAUGCACCAACUCUGAUUUGGCCGACACAAUGAUAAAGCAUGUGAAAUCAUCUCGUAGCAUAGACAUGAUGUGCCACAUACCAAUCUUCUGCUGGAUUAUGGCAACUGUCUUGGACAUAAUGCUAAAAGACACAGAGCUUGGUGAAAUUCCAAAAAAUCAAACUCAGCUGUACACACAUUACCUACUCAUUCAGACUGGUUUGAAAAAUAGAAAAUACCAGAAAGCCAUGCAUGAAGAUUUGCGCAAGUUGUCAGAAAGUGACAGAAAGAUGAUCUUGAAUUUGGCAAAGUUAGCUUUCCAAGAGCUGGAGAAAGGUAAUUUGAUAUUCUAUGAAGAUGAUCUGAAGGAAUGUGGCAUUGACAUCAAUGACGCAUCAGACUUUUCCUCUAUGUGUACACAGCUCUUCAGAGAAGAGUUUGGACUGUACAGAGAACGAGUCUUCUGUUUUUUACACCUGAGUGUCCAGGAGCAUUUGGCUGCUGUUCAUGUUCUGUGCACAUAUCUGAAUGAGGGCAUUAAUGUUCUUGAGUCAGACAGCCAUACAAGCACAACAGAGCAGACAACAUUGACCCGUGUUCUUAAGAGUGCAGUAGAGAAGGCCUUAGAAAGUGAGAAUGGACACUUUGACCAGUUUCUGCGCUUCCUUUUGGGCCUUUCUUUUGAGUCCAAUCAGAAGCUCCUCCAAGGUCUUCUACAUCACCCUCAGAAACAGGUCCAGAAGAAAGAUGAAAUUGUCAGCUUCAUCAAGAGGAAAAUCAGUGAGGGAGACAUAACAGAGACAGCAACCAUCAACCUUUUUCACUGCUUGAAUGAAAUAAAUCAUGAUUAUUUGGUGAAGGAUAUCCAAGACAGUUUGCAUUCUAGUACACUUUUUGAGAAAGAACUGAAGCCAGAGGAGUGUUCAGCUCUGGCCUUUGUGUUACUGAUGUCAAAGGACGUGAUGGAAGUGUUUGACCUAAAAGAAUACAAAACAGAGCCACCAAAUCGCCAAAGACUUCUGCCCAUCAUCAGAGCAUCAAAGAAGGCCAUACUUUCCAGCUGUGAACUCUCAGAAAAAGCUUGUGAAACUGUGGCCUCAGCACUUCGGAUAGGAAAUUCUCCUGUCCGAGAGCUGGAUCUGAGUAAUAACAACAUAGGAGAUUCAGGAGUGGGACACAUAUGUAGUGGGCUGAAGAGCCCACACUGCCGACUUGAGAUAUUGAGUCUUGCAGGCUGCAAAAUCACAGCCAAGUCAUGUGAAAGUUUGGCCUCCACACUCCAGGGCACUGAGUCCCACCUUCAAGAGUUAGACCUCUCAUUCAACAAGCUGACAGAUUCAGGAAUGAAGGUGCUUGAGCCUUGGCUGAGAAGUGAGCAAUGUAAAGUGCAAAGAGUGGGGUUAAGACAAUGUCACCUAUCAAAGGAUUACUGCAGGAGCCUAAAUGAAGCUCUGAGUUCAUCCCAGAAAAAGCAGAUGGAUUUGGAUCUGAGAGAAAAUGACCUGAAGAAUUAGAAUUAAUUACAAAUGAGUGGACUGGUGACACUGAAACAGAACUCUAACCGUAAAGCCUUGGAGUUCUUCCACCCUUGAUUUCUGCUUGUUUUUUGCCUUCUCAGCAUAUUUGAAAAAUGCAUGUUAGGAACUUCUUUUAACCCACAAACAUUGAAAAGAGACUCUCAGAAGUAUGGAGAGGUCACAUGAGGUAGAAGAAGGAAAAAAUAACUGCUUUUGUUUUAAAACCCUACCAUUUGAAAAUACUACACAUAUACUGAAAAAAAAAGUUAACACACUCUCUACAGAGAACACACUUCUGCAUUUCUAACAAGCAAUUUUCGAGUGGCCUGCGCAAAUAUUAUGGCAAUCCUAUAUUCUCCGUCUAAGAAAGGUAGAUCGCGAGGACCAGGGUUGGUGAUAACUGCUGUAAAGAAUGUGUUCACUUAUUUUCAUAUAAAAAAAAAACAUGUAAUUUGAGCAUCUUCUGCAUAGGGCUGUACCUAUCCACCAUGAAUUGCUCUUAAAUAAAACAUUUUAAGCAAAGAUUUUGUCACAAAACUUGUGUUUACUUUGACAAGAAAUAUAAUGUCACAGGUAUCAAGCAAAGAAUUCUUAACCAUUUGUGCAACAGCUUUCUGUGAUAUAAAGUUAAAGGAAGUUCCUUCAUGAAUAGGUAGCCCCAUACCCCCUCAACACCUUCUGGCACUUAGCAAUGAUGUUUUUGGUAUAACUUAACUGUUAUGUCGGCGAGGAAGAAGAGAUAUUGGCAGAAUAAGCCACUAUUUCUGCCAUUACUUCAAUAU